AUGUUUCGUUAUAUCGGUGAUUGCGUGGGCGCUCUCACUAUUGCCGACAUGUGGCGCGAUCGACGCAGCAGUCUCUUGAUGAUGCGUUUGUCGUGCGUCGUUGAUCGUGGUCAUCGGCCAUCGCAGGGUUCUUCGCAUUUUUCGUUCAGCAUGAAAAGUCCGCCGAUGCCUGGGCUGGGCAAUCCUGGAGAUCCUCCCGAAGUUCUUCAUCCAGGUGCCCUUCGCGGAGAAGCCACUGCCCGUGGGAGUCAAUGGGGGCUGAUCGGGUUCUUGCUGCUGUCGUCGCCCACCAGCGGGUGCCGCUCGAGCGCCUCCUGA